UAUUUGUUUUCUGUAUAUUAGGUGCGGCAGUAUCGAAACGAGAUUUUUCAUUCUAGCAAUAUGAAACUAGAGGAGAGCAAAGCUAAUUGUUAUAUCGAUGACAUGAUAGCUGUUCUACAAGAUGGUAAAGAUCUUUUACAUCGACAAGAUGCACAACAAGCUGUCAGGAAACUUCAAGAUCUGAAGAAAAAGGACUUCAUCAUUACUACUGAAGACUUUGAAGAUAUCCUGAGGCAAAUCAAAGAUGAAAUGGCAAAAGUUUUGAAAUCAACAGAAAAUGCUGCAACUAAGUCUGAAGAAGAAUAUGAGGACCUAAAAAAUAAAUUAACUGAACUUAAGGCAGAGAUGUCGGAAGCUGAGAAAGAACGUACAGAGAUGAAAAGGAAAUUUACAGUUCUUGAGACAGAACAAAAAGAGGAGAUAAAAAGACUCAAGGUAGAAGAUUCUCCUGAACAAAAACAAUUACAAUAUGAAAAGGCGAAAUCAGGUUGUCGUACUCAAUUGAUAGAACAUUAUCGCAGUGAAGUACUUAAAGUAUCAGCAAUACCUUUACAACCAGAUGAGGAAAAUUAUAAUUUCAGUGACGUUUAUAUUAGACCCACUAUAACAAGCAAGAUAGAAAAGAAUAGAGGGGAGUCUGAGGAAAAAGAAAUAGAGUCCAUGUCAGAGAUUUUCACAAAGAACGGGGAUCCACAGAAAUUUAUUUAUGUUGUUGGAGAUGCAGGGUCUGGUAAGAGUAGUUUCUGUAAAUAUUUGAUCAACUGUUGGUGUAUGGCACACAGUGAUGGACACAAUGAAAAUGAUGAGUUUGAAGGAGUCAAGGAAAUGAAGAAAUUUGAUUUUAUGUUUUAUAUUUCUCUUAGACAUAACAUAAAUAUCCGAAGUAUCCAGGAAAUGCUUGAAAUGCGAUAUGAUAAGAUAAAAAAUUUAAGUAAACUUCUGGAAAAUGAUUCUGAAAAGAUAAUUAUUUUGCUUGAUGGUUUAGAUGAAUGGUCUUUUGACAGUGAGACUAGGAAUGAGUUCCAGGCAGGCCUUCCGGAACGUGACUUUACAAAGAAAUACACCAUUGUUACUACAUCAAGGCCAUGGAAAAUUCACAGUUUGAGAGUAAGUAAUAGAGAGAUUCAUCAAUUAUUGAAAUUAAAAGGGUUUGAUAAAACAUACGAAAAGAAAUGAUUAAGAAAACAAUAA